AUUUGGGCAAACUGUUAUGAAACCGAGCAAUCCGCGAUUAGUUUGGGGCACUUGAGUGAGAGGCUAUUGCCAGUGAUUCUGCCGUAUGCCUUCUUCACGCAGCCAAGUGGCGGACGGCACUUUAACGCACAGGAGGGAAGAAUGCUCAUUUCAUUGGGUCUGACUUGAAUAUCAUCUCCGGGGCACUACCGCGAGACAAACAUGGCCCCCAAUUCCAUCCACUGGUUCCGGAAAGGCCUGCGCCUUCAUGACAACCCAGCGCUCAAGGAGGCAGUCCAGGGUGCGGGCACGGUGCGCUGUGUCUACUUCUUGGACCCUUGGUUUGCAGGCUCAUCCAAUGUUGGGGUCAACAGGUGGAGGUUUCUUCUCCAGUGUUUAGAGGAUCUGGAUGCCAACCUUCGCAAGCUCAACUCUCGCCUUUUUGUCAUAAGGGGCCAACCAGCCAAUGUGUUCCCGCGGCUCUUUAAGGAGUGGAAGAUCUCGAGGUUGACCUUUGAGUACGACUCAGAGCCUUUUGGAAAGGACAGAGACGCUGCCAUCAAGAAACUGGCAAUGGAGGCAGGAGUAGAGGUCAUCGUCAAGAUUUCACACACUCUUUAUGACCUGGACAAGAUUAUAGAGCUGAACAGUGGCCAACCCCCCCUUACCUACAAGCGUUUUCAGACACUGAUCAGUCGCCUGGAUCCUCCUGAGAUGCCUGUGGAGACUUUGUCAGACAGCCUUAUGGUGAACUGCAUAACCCCCAUCUUGGAGGACCACGGAGACAAGUAUGGGGUCCCGUCCCUGGAGGAGCUUGGCUUUGACAUCGAGGGCCUGCCGACAGCUGUCUGGCCAGGAGGAGAGACGGAGGCUUUGACCAGAAUAGAGCGACAUUUAGAAAGAAAAGCAUGGGUGGCAAAUUUCGAGCGUCCGAGAAUGAACGCCAACUCACUGCUGGCCAGCCCAACAGGCCUCAGUCCAUACCUGCGCUUUGGCUGCCUCUCCUGUCGCCUUUUCUACUUCAAGCUCACGGACCUGUACCGCAAGGUGAAAAAGAACAGUUCCCCUCCUCUCUCGCUUUACGGACAGCUACUGUGGAGAGAGUUCUUCUACACCGCGGCCACCAACAAUCCGCGCUUCGACAAGAUGGAGGGGAACCCUAUCUGUGUUCGCAUCCCCUGGGACAAAAACCCUGAGGCGCUCGCCAAAUGGGCUGAAGCCAAGACAGGUUUCCCCUGGAUAGAUGCCAUUAUGACUCAGUUAAGGCAAGAGGGCUGGAUACAUCACCUGGCUCGCCACGCUGUGGCAUGCUUCCUCACUAGAGGUGACUUGUGGAUCAGCUGGGAGGAAGGAAUGAAAGUCUUCGAGGAGCUGCUUCUCGACGCCGACUGGAGUGUGAAUGCGGGCAGUUGGAUGUGGCUGUCCUGUAGUUCCUUUUUCCAGCAGUUUUUCCACUGCUACUGUCCCGUGGGCUUUGGGCGGCGCACCGACCCCAAUGGUGACUUCAUCAGACGUUACGUACCUGUCCUCCGAGCUUUCCCUGCUAAGUUCAUAUACGACCCUUGGAAUGCACCUGAGUCAGUGCAAGUGGCCGCCAAGUGCAUCAUCGGCGUGCACUACCCGAAACCAAUGGUGCAUCACGCCGAGGCAAGCCGACUCAACAUCGAGAGGAUGAAGCAGAUCUACCAGCAGCUGAGCCGAUACAGGGGGCUGGGCCUGCUGGCAUCUGUUCCAUCCACCAAUGGCAACGGCAACGGAGGAAUGAUGGCCUACUCACCUGGAGAACAACAGCCCGGGACCAACAGCAGCAACAAUAACAACACCCCCCACAUGUCUGGAAUGUCAGGCGGCGCCGUCGCGACGAGCAAUGGCAGCGGGAGCAUUCUCCUCAACUUUGACAGCGAGGAACAAUCGAGCCAAGGACUACAGCCAGUGGUGACGCAGCACGGUUACCAUGCAGUGCCAGAAAACAACGCAGCCGUCACCAAUAGCCGACCGUACCAUGAGUUUGCUGUGCCUCAGCACCCAGGACUGGCUCACAUCAGAGGCGGCAUCACAGGAAAACGCGAACGGGAAAUGGAACGUGAAUGUUCGGGGGAGGAAGAUCCGUCAUCUUGCUCAGGCCACAAGAUGCAGAGGCACAGUGCAGAGACCACCUAAAAGGACGUCACACAAGAAGAAGUCGACAUUGGUCCACUGUAACACACAUUCUCAGUCAAAAACUGCCAGGGUGAACACAAAGGUGAAAAUGUGAUUCAAGGCUCAGAUUUUCCAAGGGAGUGUGGCGACCUCUGACCUCAGUCAUUUUCAGACCCGCAAAAAAUAUCAACAAACAAAACACAUCUAUUUAUUUGCAAUAAAAGUACAGCAAAAAAAAAAAAAAAAGACAACCCUAGCAAAUGUGCCCAUAAUUAUCUUCAUUUAUGGGAGUACCAAGUCACCAUUUUUUGCUGCGCCUUAUCAAUAUUUAUGUACAUAAAAUACUUUUUCACGUCUAUGAUCUUGGCAGCUACCAGCAAUAUUGGGUUACAUAGGAUGAUGUGUUUGUGUAGUUUGGCUCAUCUGAUCGAAUGAAAAAUUAGACAUGCCAGGUAUUGAUACACAACUGUCUACAGAACCCCAAACAAUUUUUUUCUAAACCCUUUCAAAAAGUCAUGAACAAUUAGCUUUUGCCACCUCCCGGUGAUGUCACUUUUUUUCAAGUGAGUAUUUUAUGGAUCUUUGCCCUGUCACAUUUCCAACUCGGUGGUUCCCCUGAUGUUGUCACUUAAACGUUCUGAAGACCAGUGACACUUGAGCCUGUGCACCAUUUUCAUCAACACAAAACUGUUCACAGACCCCCACUUGUUAAGAUGUUUUCAAGGACAAGGAUCAUCUCCAAGGUUCCCUUUUUUCUACUGUUUCAUAAUAAAACAACCAAAAAAAAAAAAGAGAGAAAAAUAGACAAAUUGUGCUUGAAACAAACAUUCCUCACAAUCAAGUCCAGCCUCCCGAUGAAGGACGACAACAGCGCAAGGUGUGACUAUUGAUAUCUCGAGUGUGUUCCAAACUGACACUGUAGGAAUGGUGCCAGAAUCCAACCAAUAGCAAACCUGGCUGACAUUGGCGACCUGGAUGCUCUGUGGAUACAUCGGAAAGUCCGCUGCUGUGGUUCGGAAUCGAACCCAAGGACAUGCACAUCUGCCCCCACCCUCAACCCCCGCCCCCAUGUUUGAUGCAAGAUGAUGUUUAUGCUCCACAAAACACGCUUCAUGAUCAUUCAAAAGGACACUUCAACAGGUCUGCUCUGCGCCCCAAUCUGCAGCCACCUGGGGCGGGGGAUACAUUGGAUUCAAUGGCCCGCCCCUACAAUGAGACUUGACGUGCAGAACACGCAUCAGACUUGUAUUUGGAUCACGGAUCAGCUUCAGUGUGUCUGUAACAAUACCCCAGAGGCCAACAUGGGACAUAAGUCUUAUUGCGUUCUUCAAAUCAAGUGUUUUCUUCAUGGCGCUUUUCUUAGUAUCGAAACCCGAUUGUUUUGUUGAUAACCUAUAGAUAUGAUAAUGCUACAUACUGCAUAUCAUAUCCUUAGUCAUACAAAAUGUUCAACACAGAAUGUUUCACCCUGCAUCGCAUUUUUUACUUACGGUUUGUUUCAGUUUUAUCCCAAAAAAAUGCAGAUUGGGGCAGCAGCAGAUCAUGUUGCGAUUUCUAGAGACUUUUUUGGGGGGAGGAGGGGGGGGUUGUCGAACUAUUGUGUACUAUCUGUAUCAUAAUUCUUCUUGAGAAUUUAAACAGAUUUUGUAGCUUUAAUUGCAUUGAAAGAGAAAGUCAAUGUUUUUUCUUUUAGUUUUGUCAUCCCGCAGCCCAGUAUCACACAACGGUGGAGGAAUGACAGACGCGUCCAUUUCAUUUCCCCAGUUGACUCAGUGUCUCGCCUGAAAUGGGGCUGGGGCGUGGCGCGAAAUUCCUCUGCCGAUGCCAUCGACUGUGUCCGUAAACUGGUGCUUGUUCUCUGUCCUGCUUUGUGAUGUGAAAGGCCUUGUUUGUUUGUAAUUGAUCGCUAUCAUGACAGCAAAUAAAAACGGUUUCGGCGCGG